AUGGGUAACUGUUCCGGAAAGAGUGAGAAGUCUCUUCCGGGGGAGUUGCCAAGUUUACCACGAACCCCGGUAAUCCUCGCGAACGCUCCCUGUUUUAUUGCUUUAUUUGAUUACGAGGCCAGAACGGACGAUGACCUUAGUUUUAAGAAAGAUGAGGUACUCGAAAUUCUAAACGAUCAACAGGGUGAAUGGUGGUUUGCUAGACAUAAAGCUACCGGUAAAACCGGCUACAUUCCAAGCAAUUAUGUAGCGAAAGAGAAAAGCAUUGAAUCACAGCCGUGGUAUUUCGGAAAAUUACGUCGAUUAGACGCGGAGAAAGCGCUGCUUCAACCGGAAAAUAAGCACGGAACGUUUUUGGUGAGAAAUUCGGAAAGUCGACAGAAUGAUUUGUCAUUGUCAGUUCGGGAAGACGACUGUGUAAAGCACUACCGUAUUCGACAACUGGACCAAGGCGGUUACUUCAUCGCUAGGCGACGGCCAUUUAGUACCCUACAAGAUCUCAUUACUCACUAUACUAACGACGCAGAUGGACUUUGCGUACAACUGACACAACCAUGUGCAAAAUCGGACGCACCGCAGACUUCCACAUUCACAUAUGACGAUCAAUGGGAAAUUGAUCGCCGCUCGAUUCUCUUCAUCAAACAAAUCGGCGCCGGUCAAUUCGGCGAGGUAUGGGAAGGACGAUGGAACAGUACCGUUCCAGUGGCUGUGAAGAAGUUAAAAUCUGGCACAGCAGAUCCUGUGGAUUUCCUGGCUGAGGCUCAAAUUAUGAAAAAAUUAAGGCAUCCCAAGUUGCUUACCCUAUACGCUGUUUGCACAAAGGAUCAGCCAAUAUUGAUAGUGACCGAGCUAAUGCAAGAGAAUCUUCUCAGCUUCCUCCAUGGUAAAGGUCGGCAAUGUACCCUACCCCAACUGGUAGAAAUUGCUGCGCAGGUAGCCGCAGGAAUGGCGUACCUCGAAGAGAUGAAAUUUAUACAUCGAGAUUUAGCCGCCCGUAAUAUUCUGACAAAGAAUAACCUUAAUGUGAAAAUAGCCGAUUUCGGACUGGCGCGAUUAUUGCAUCAAGAGAACCAGUACGAGGCACGAGUCGGGGCAAGGUUCCCGAUUAAGUGGACGGCACCAGAAGCUGCGAAUUUCAACAAAUUCACAUCAAAAUCUGAUGUUUGGAGCUUUGGCAUUCUGCUUACAGAAAUAACCACCUAUGGGAGGACACCUUAUCCAGGCAUGUCAAAUGCAGAAGUUCUGCAACAAGUAGACGCAGGCUACCGUAUGCCGUGUCCGCCCGUGUGCCCUUUGGAAUUGUACGAACUGAUGUGCCAGUGUUGGAAAGCUGAUCCAGAAAAACGGCCUACAUUCGAGACCUUGCAGUGGCGACUGGAGGAUCUGUUCAACCUAGAUGCAUCCGAUUAUAGAGAAGCUGGCUCAUCGUAG